GAAGCGGCAAACAUGACGUUAUCGUGUCGGUUUUAUAAACAAAAGUACCCCGAGGUGGAGGAUGUGGUGAUGGUGAACGUGCGGUCAAUAGCCGAGAUGGGUGCGUACGUUUAUCUGCUCGAGUACAACAACAUCGAGGGCAUGAUCCUGUUGUCCGAGCUGUCCCGUCGGCGUAUUCGCUCCAUCAAUAAACUGAUUCGCGUUGGCAAAACGGAACCGGUGGUCGUGAUUCGUGUCGAUAAAAACAAAGGCUACAUUGAUCUGUCCAAGCGGCGCGUAUCGCCGGAGGAUGUGGAAAAGUGUACGGAACGGUUCUCGAAAGCGAAAGCGGUUAAUUCGAUCCUGCGCCAUGUGGCGGACAUAAUGGGAUUCGAUAAUCAGAAGCUAGAGGAGCUGUACGAAAAGACGGCAUGGUACUUUGAGGAGAAGCACAACUUCAAAGUGACCGCUUUCGAUGUGUUCAAGCAGUGUGCUGUUGAUCCGACGUUGCUGGACGAGUGUGGUCUCGAGCCGGAAGUGAAAGAAUCGCUGCUCAGCAAUAUACAGCGCAAACUGGUAUCGCAAGCAGUUAAAAUUCGUGCCGAUAUUGAAUGCGCCUGCUAUGGAUAUGAAGGUAUCGAUGCGGUAAAAACGGCCCUACGGGCUGGGCUUGAAAUGUCCACGGAAGAGCUGCCGAUAAAAAUUAACCUCAUUGCUCCCCCGCUGUAUGUAAUGACCACAUCGACACCGGAAAAAGCGGACGGACUGAAGGCGCUUGAGCUAGCGAUUGAAAAGAUUAAAGAAACGAUCGAAGGUCUGGGUGGUGUGUUUAAGGUGCAGAUGGCACCGAAGGUGGUUACCGCGACCGAUGAAGCCGAUCUGGCCCGAAAGAUGGAGCGGGCCGAGGCCGAGAAUGCCGAAGUGUCCGGUGAUGAAGAGGACGAAAACGAGGUCGGUAUCAAGUAUAAGAUGGAUGACGAUGGUGUUGAUAAGGACGACAAGGAUAUCCAGUUCGAGGGCAGCGGUGACGAGGAGGAAGACGACAAACAGGAGGAAUAAUAAUAA